ACUCCCGUUACAUCAACUGCAAACAACACCUCACUGCAAAUGUCUAGCUCUUGGCUAAGCUGCAAGCUCAAUUAACUUUUGCAAUGGCAACAAGAUCACUCACUGGUACAGUAUGCAGGUACCCAGGCUGCUCCAAGCCAGGAUACAAGGAGCCCAGUGGCUACACACACAACUUCUGUGGACGAACACAUGCUGAGAUGUACAGGUCAAUUCCUCUCACUUCCCCCACCCCAACCACCUCGGCAUUCUCAUACUCAAGACCGGCUAAGUCAGCACAAACAACAAAAAGUGCUCUGAAACCAUUGAAGGCACUUCAAAAAUAUGUAUCACCGUCAUCAAACGAGAUAAAGUUCUACAAUAGUUAUGACCCCUUCUACGAGUUUACAAACUUUUAUCCAACAUUUAUGACAAUUGAUAGAAGUUCUUGGCCUUCUUCUGAACACUACUUUCAAGCUCAAAAAUUUGUCGGUACUCCAUAUGUAGAGAAAAUAAGGAAAAUGUCUUCAGCUAGAGAAACGUUCCAGUUUUCGAGGAACCCAGCUGUAUCUCAAUGGCGAAGGUCAGAUUGGGACCAAGUGAAAGAUGACAUCAUGCUGAAAGCUCUAAGAUGUAAGUUUGGGCAAUCAGACAGACUGCGUUCUCUUCUUCUUGGCACAGGAGACAAGAAACUCAUUGAGCACACAGAGAAUGAUUCUUACUGGGGAGACGGUGGAGGGAAAGGAAAAGGCUUGAACAAACUCGGCGAACUGCUCAUGAAAGUACGACGAGAGCUCAAAGAAAUGGAGAAAACAAAAAGCCCUUUGAAAAGAAGCAACUCAUUUUCAAUUUCUAGCACAAAAUCAUCGAAACCGAAGUACACAGAUGAUAUGAACACUUUGGGACGCACUUCUCCGUUCUCAUUAUCUCGUCGCUUGUCAGGAUCACAGAACUCUUUACACACACCAAGCAGCACCCACAGAGUAGACUACACACCAAGCAGCACCCACAGAGUAAGAUUCUUAUCUCCUUCACUGGUACACAGGCCCCCCCUCAGCGCCACUUCUCGCACACAACCCAACAAACAAGGCACUACUAGUCCAAGACAACAGACCACUCCUUCUAACAGAACUCAAUCUACCACAAGGCGACACGUGGGAAAUGAUUCCAGUCAAGUGGCUUCUGCUCUUACACACAUAUAUAGAUAUUAG